AGGAGCGAGAAUGUUGGAAACUGAACACCAGAAAGUCAUUCUGGAGUGAAGGGAGGCUGGAUCGGCGAGAGUGCGACGCAUUCAUCAGCUGUGCGCUCCGAGUCUCGGGUUGUACUGUAAACCGUUGAUAGACAGAAGCGUAUUAUUCAUUGACACGAGGGGAAACCAUAUUUUGCAUGCGGCGUUAUCGAUUCUGCGGGCCCAGAGACUACGGAAAGACUGAAGGAAUAAAGUUUGUGGAGCGCAAAGCGGAGCGCACGGUUUUUUUUUUUUUUUUGGAGUUGAAUGUGUGAGCCCAGUCCAACUGCUGUACAUCCCCACGCCAAGGGCAAUGUGACCAUGAUGGGUGUUGGUAUCAAGCUUGAAGACGACGAAUCAGGAGGAAGAGCCGUCCACAGAGAAUCCCAGCAGUCCUCUCCAGUCAGUGAUUGGUCAGGUCGGCAGCUGUCGGACAGAGACGACUCUGAGAAGUCAGCACCCCCUAAUGCACAAUCGCCUUUGGCGAGCUCUCCCAGUAAAGACCCAGUACGAUCAUACACACCUGCCAGUCAAGAUGGAGGCAGUAGAGCUCAUGAUAAGAAUGACAGCAAGCCUAAUGAAAGUGAGGUGAUGCCUUCUAUUGAAAAACUUCUCAAUACGGACUGGAAAGAAAAGUUCCUUGGGAAGGGUCUUCAUGGCAGUGUCAACCUAAAAGGAACCCCAGAGAGUCUGGCAGAGAAGGAGCUGCAGUUGUUGUUGAUGAUAAACCAGCUCUCUGGUCUGCGAGAGCAGCUGCUAGGAGCUCAUUCUGAGCAGAGGAACAUGGCCGCUCUGCUGCUGGAGAAACAGCAGCAACAGAUGGAACUGGCAAGGCAGCAGCAAGAACAGAUUGCCAAACAGCAGCAGCAGUUGAUACAGCAGCAACAUAAAAUCAACUUACUGCAGCAGCAAAUUCAGCAGGUAAACAUGCCGUAUGUUAUGAUCCCUGCAUUUCAUCCCAAUGCCCAACCGCUGACAGUCACCUCUGAAGCCCAGAUGGGUUUGCCUCUGCAGCCCAUUCCCUGCAAACCAGUGGAGUAUCCCAUGCCAUUGCUGCCUAAUCCACACUCCGCCCCAGUCAAAAGGUCCAGUAGCACAGUCUUUCGCCAGGAUACCUGUCAACCCCUCAACCUCACGGCUAAACCCAAGACCCCAAGUCCACAGGCACUGGAAAUGGCCCACCUGCAGACAGGGUACCGACCCAGAGAUCUGUCGCAUAGCCCUCCUCGAUCUGCCCUCAGCCUGAGCUUCUUGGGAGAGGGUGAUGUUGUGACACAAGCCAUUCAUGAUGCCCAGCAGCUGUUGCGUGGAGGACAAGGCCCGACAGGCCGAGAGAGGGACCGUGAGAGGGACAACAACACAAGGCUGGAGGCGUCUCGAGACCGGAUGGAUGAUGGACAGUCCCUGCGGACGAAUGAGGACCACCUCAGCAGUGACUCUGAGGGGCAGAUGGCAAUCUCUGGUGUGGGUAACUUUGGUGAAUCCCGGACUCCCUCCUCUGGCCACAUCAAACGUCCCAUGAACGCCUUCAUGGUGUGGGCCAAAGAUGAAAGACGACGUAUCCUGCAGGCAUACCCUGACAUGCAUAACUCCAGUAUCAGCAAGAUCCUCGGUUCCAGGUGGAAGUCCAUGUCCAAUCAGGAGAAGCAGCCAUACUAUGAAGAGCAGGCCAGACUGAGUCGGCAGCAUCUGGAACGUUACCCAGACUACAAAUACAAACCCCGGCCGAAGCGGACCUGUAUCGUGGAGGGUAGACGACUGCGGGUCGGAGAGUACAAGGCCAUGAUGAAGAGUCGACGACAGGAGCAACGAGUUUCUUACCCUACAAGCCAAUCAGAGCAGCAGCUACCGUACCCCUCCAGCGAAGGACAGUACCCGACGACACCGGUGUCAAGGGCCCCAUUGCCCUUGCACCCUGCCCUCCUGGAGCACUACCUUCCUCGGGGUCUGGAGCCCCCAAAAGGCCAAGGGAGCGAGAUGCGGGAGGCCGUGAGGCCCAGACAGCCCUACAGCGAAGGGGAGGAGAGUGACGCGGGUGAACGCAGUGAGGGAGAGCUGGUCGUCCUCACUGACUGAGACCGAACAAGGAAAUAAUCAAAGGACAGAGAGGGUGAAAAAUGCGAUGAAUGAGAUGGAGAAAAUAAUUGGGAGUUUUUGCAAUCCCUCCCUACAACAUGAUGGUGUCCAAUAUA